GUUUUCCUACAACAAGGGAACGUAAGCUUGCGCCCGGUUCCGUAGCGGGCGGAAUUACAAAGUCAUGAAGAUCCGCCUAAGAUGUGCGAUCGUCUUAGCAGCGCUACUGCUCCAAGUAGCUCUUGUCAGCAGUAAAGCGUUAGACCAAAAUGCUGUUGCUCCACAGAAUCAAUGGCAGAUUCCUUUUCAGCCAGGAAAUAAUCAGGAAAUUCAGAAAAGAUAUGAUCCUGGAUCAGAUGGUGGACAUGAUGACCAUCAUGAACAUGGGUACUGGAAGAAAAAAUUAAUUUGGAAGCCAGGUUGGAAAAAGAUAUGGAAACCAGCACAAAAGCAAAUCUGGAAGCCAGCGUGGAAGAAAAUUUGGAAGCCAGUGUGGGAACCAACACAAAAAGCAGUGUGGAGGGAAAUUCAAGUACCAGACUGGAAAAAAAUUUGGAAGCCAGUUUGGAAGGAAAUUCAAGUGCCAGCAUGGAAAGAAAUUCAAGUGCCUGCUUGGAAAAAAGUUUGGAAACCUGUGUGGAAACCAAUAAAAGUCCCAGCUUGGAAAGAAAUACAAGUACCUGACUGGAAGAAAGUGUGGAAGCCAGUUUGGAGAGAAAUCCAAGUACCUGCAUGGAAAGAGAUUCAAGUUCCUGCUUGGAAAAAAAUAUGGAUCCCUGAGUGGAUAAAGGUUGGAAUACCUGGAGAACAUUUUCAUGGUACCGAUAAACAUGGAUGGCAAUACACAAGUCAUGAUUUAUGGAAAAAGAAACUUAUUUGGAAACCACUUUGGAAGAAAUAUUGGAAACCAGCAAAGAAACAAAUUUGGGUCCCAGAUAAGAAACUUGAGUGGAAAGAAGAGUGGAAGCAAAUUUGGAAGCCAGCCAAAAAACAAAUUUGGGUGGACGACAAAAAGCUAGUAUGGAAAGAGGAUUGGAAGCAGAUUUGGAAACCAGCCAAGAAACAGAUUUGGGUACCUGACAAGAAAUUAGAAUGGAAAGAGGCUUGGAAACAAGUCUGGAGAACGGAAAAGAAACAAGAAUGGAUUCCGGACAAAAAAUUAGUAUGGAAAGAAGCAUGGAAAGAAAUUUGGGUACCAGCAUGGAAAGAGAUUUGGGUUCCAGCUUGGAAGAAAAUAUGGAAACCAGUUUGGAUCUCCGAAUGGUUCCCAGCUGAAGAUCAUCAUCAUCAUGGCGGUGGUGGAGGGUGGCAGGAUCGUAAAGAUGACUUAUCAGUAGAUCAAAGUCAAAAAGUAGUCAGGCCGAAUCAGCCUCAACAGCAAACCUUCCCUGCUCCACAACCACAAGUCCAACAAAUUCAACCACAGCCACAGCAAGGAUCUAGAGCUUUCGAUUCAAUUACGACAGACUUAGUUCCACCACCUUCAAACCAGCAGGAAACCUGGAAAUUUCCAAGUCGUUAAUGACGCAGUCUUAUGAAGCUUGUACAAAAAGUCUUCCUUCCUCAUGCAGGAUUUGUAAAAUAAGCCAAUGUACAUAUAAUCAUUGACAUUAGGUAGCUAGAGUUAAGUGAUUAAUCAAGAAGCUACACAGUUUCCUUCACU